GCAACCGACCACCAGAGGGCCUCCGACCACAACAGCGUUUGUUUACAUCCUUGCCACAGCUUAACCAGUUUUGUAAUAGAAAUACGCGCAACGUGUGCCUUUAAUCGUUUAUUCCGGCUUGAAAGCUUUAUCCAAACUAAAAAAAUUCUUUUACCAAUUAGCUUUCAUCAAGCUAACUCUUCCACGGAGCUCUAGUUACAAUGGCAGACCAGGAAAUGAAUGGCUACAACGAUGAGGCCAGCGAUUUUAAGCGCAAAAGUAACACCAGUCUGCGCGAAAUGGACGCGGAGGAUGACUCGGAGGAAGCGAACACGCAAACGGAAAAGGUACAGGAGUACGUCAGAAGCAUACUGAAUGAACGGAUAGCACUGGAUCGCAAAUAUCCCAUCGCCGAUCGGCUGCUAGAACAGGAAGUAGAAACGGCACAGCGGAAUGGUAAACCACCCACCAGACGCUACAUCGACAUUUACCGGGAGAAGCCCAUCAAAGUGCAAGUGAAGGUAAUCGUGCCUGUUAAGGAGCAUCCAAAGUUUAACUUCGUCGGCAAACUGCUCGGACCAAAGGGCAAUUCGCUAAAGCGCCUUCAGGAAGAAACCAUGUGCAAAAUGGCCAUAUUGGGCCGUGGCUCGAUGAAGGAUCGUAAAAAAGAGGAAGAGCUUCGGUUAGCGAUGGAUCCAAAGUAUGCCCAUCUCAACGAUGAUCUGCACGUGGAAAUCAAUGCCCUUGGGCCACCGGCGGAAGCGCAUGCCCGCAUUGCAUACGCACUGGCCGAGGUACGGAAGUUCCUCAUCCCGGACAGUAACGAUUUCAUCCGACAGGAACAGUUGCGGGAAAUGCUGGAAGAUCCGGAAUGUGAUUUUCCGGUUAAGAAAGGGUACCGAAAAACGAUGCCAUCGCACGCGAAUGCAGCACACGAUGACCCAGCGCCCAGAUCACCGGUACCCGCCUCGUCACGGACGCAUCCUCCGCAAAGAAAGAUCUAUUCGAUUCUGGACAAAGCGCGUGCCGCGCUGGAGGACUCACAUAUGCCACGCUCUACAAAUUUAAGAUACGAGGAUUCGCGAUAUGACCGUGAACAUUACGAAUCCUCGUACGACUACCAUCCAACACCUCCACCGCCUCGAUCGAAAUACGAUAGUAACCAUUACGACGAUGAAUAUCGGCGGGAUUAUUGCCGCGAAUCCAGCUCAUACUCUGCUCCUUCCAAACCAAGCACCACAUCGAUGAGCGAUCGAUCGUGGAAACCGGCCUCGUACAGUGGAAGUUCGUCGCGUGAGCAAAUCGAUCUGAAGCAUCAUGCCGCUCGGGAUCCUCGUUCUUCCUAUCGCCAUACACCGUACGCGCGCCAAUCGAAGUAAAAUUGCGAUACAGGGUAGCGUUGACCCUAGCGCCAUCGAUCAACUAAUCGAUGCAGCUGCAUUUGUAGACUAACAAGAAGCAGUAGGUUGCUACAAACAAAAAAUACAAUGGCUUUGGGCACUCUUUUAUUACGUACUGCGCCGGGUAGAAAGGCGGUUGGAACUACGAAACUCCCUCUCUCUCUCUCUCUUGAUGAUGAUUUAGCUCGACAUUUAUGCUCGUAUCUUGCAACAUCAUACGUACAUUAAACGUGCUGUGUCAAUAUUAAAUGAAAACUCAUCAUAAAUCAUAAAUAAAAGUUGAUACAUAUGGCAAUUCGUAUUUCGAAAUAAGUCGCAUCGCGGAAGUGGGAAAUAAACUAAUAAAUUAACACAUAUUAUAGAUAUUGGCAUAUUUUAACAAAUAAACAAUCAAACCCGGAUAAAAGUCAGAUUGAUGUAAUCUUGCUUUUAAAACCCAUCUACUACCGACAUUAACACUUCGUUCAAAUGUCAACCGUUUUGAAUUCCCUGCGAUCCAGACAUGCUUUUGUACAGUACAGUCUGUAUUUAAAAAAACAGCUAUCCAACCACAUAACCAGUUAAUAUGCCAAAUAUUGUAUAAUCCAAAAAGAAAACUAAAUAAAAAUACUUCAAAUUAUUAAACAUACAACACUCCAACGUGUAAAAUGCAAACGAGUAACAAACUUAUAAUAUUAAAACAUAAUCAAAUUGAAGCUGCACCUAAAGUGUCUAUACUAGAGAAAUUUAAUACGAACGAAAAAAUAAAAUAAAUGAAGCAUUCAAUCUAAUGUACUAACAAUAUAAAUAGGCAACACCAUCACUCUUAAAGCAAAAAUCAUUUGAGAACAAAAUAGUAAACAAGUUAAUAUUAAGUGAACCAAAAAGCACAUCCAUGGAAACAUGUGUUGUAACUUUAACAAGGACCUCGAUGUGUCGCAAACAAAAACAUAAAUAGUCAUUAUAAGGAGGGAUUAUAACAAAACCUACAUUAACAAAUACAACCAAAUAAAAUGUUUCAAAUAUAAAAUAAACCAUCUACUCAAGCAACGCGAUCGUAGAAUAAACCAUCCACCCGAAUGCAGUGAAGUGUUUGUGAAAUAAAAGCAGCAAUCGUACUGU